AUGAAUAAAUCCUCCAGGGAUAAAGAUAAUCGCAACCAACAGAAGGAGGUAAAUGAUGAACUGCUGAAGAGGAUAACCGACAAUAAGGCCCAGCCCCCAGCUCGAAACUUUCAGGAGGAGUGCUCAACUACAUCUGUGCCCAUCACAUUUGAUUCCCAGCCCUUUGAGGUCCAUGCUUGGCUCAAUGCAAAGGGCUUCUCUAGACCGGUGGUGGACUGUCUUGGUAUUCUGAAUGGGGCUCAACUAUUUUCCCUCAGUAAGGAUGAGCUGAAAGCCGUAUGCGGAAAUGAGGGUUCCUGUGUGUUUAGUCAGAAAACUUUAUUUACUUGA